AUGACCAAUGACAGACGCAGGAUGCGCAAUCGGGGGGACCACUAUGACAUAGCGUGUUUCCCCCCCGACAGAACAACACCGGCUCCGGGUUCCUGGACCGAGACGGCCGCUUUGUUCCCGUAUGAUCAGUCCAAAGCAGGGAAGAAGGCUGCCAGAAAAGCAAAUCAUCUGAGCAAGCACCGCCGCGAGCCUAUGACGCCAAGGACUCGAUAA